UCAUCCCCGUUGGCCAAUCGUUCCGUUAGAGACUUGGAGCUCCUUCGCCUUGGCUCGCCAGCCGCGUGUGUCGUUGUUUGAUCUGCUGCGUGGAGAGGGAAACAUCAAGGCAUACCGGGCGUCAUACAAAUCUCGAGCAAAACCCAUUCUCCAGACCCAAAGCGUCGACAGUCUCGCUCUCCAUACUCAUCGGCUUCUCGCAGUCCAAAAAGUUGCUGCGGCAGGUCACACAACAUGCCUCGCAAUCGUGUCCUCUCCUUCAUGUCCCAAUGGGGACAGCCUCGCUCGAGAACCGCCUCGCCGGACCGCACCGCGAACAAAAACCGCUCGAACAAAAACUCCCCGUCCACAACGCUGAAUCCGGACAAUUGGCAGCCGCCGAAGCGGCCGAUGAAAAUCGACGUCACCAGCUCACAGCCUCCCAACGAUUCGUAUCGAUCUCAGCCGCAAUCACCUCGUAGUCCGAUUGAACCUUCGAGGUCGAGAGGCGACUCCCGUGCCAACACACGUCCGAAUAGCAUGAUCCAGACAUACUUGCCGAUGCAAAUGGAAAUGUCGGCAGAUACUCCACCGGAACUGCAGCCCAUCUUCACCUACCUGAACAGCCACAGCAACAAACUGUACCAGGAGGGCUACUUCUUGAAGUUGCAUGAUCUAGACGCACGCGGGCGACCAAGCACAGCACGAGUAUGGAACGAGUGCUUUGCUCAGCUCGCUGGAACAGUUUUAUCUCUGUGGGAUGCGGCAGAGCUGGAUGCUGCCGGUGAGGAUGGCCAGGUCGUGCCUACUUUCAUUAAUCUCAGCGAUGCAUCUAUCAAGAUGAUUGAGUCUCUGCCCAUGAACGGAGCUCAAGGUGGCAGUCUACAAAACGUGCUCAGUAUCUCCACCGCCGCCAAUAAUCGUUACCUCCUGCAUUUCAACUCCCUGCACUCGCUCACGCAAUGGACCGCUGGCAUCCGACUGGCCAUGUUCGAACACUCCACACUUCAAGAGGCGUACACUGGGUCGCUCAUUGCGGGCAAGGGAAGAUAUCUGAACAACAUCAAACAGAUCAUGGAACGAUCCAGAUUCGCACACGAUGACUGGGCGCGUGUGCGUUUUGGUGCAGGCACACCAUGGAGACGCUGCUGGUGCGUCAUCUCGCCUCCUGACGAGAAGGAAUUCGCAAAAGCACAGAAGAGCUUGAAGAAGACCUCAGCAUAUGAAAAAGCGCCGCUGCCCAAAGGUAACAUCAAAUUCUACGAAUCUCGAAAGGUCACGAAGAAGAGCAAGCCAAUUGCGACCAUCAAGGACGCCUACGCUGCGUACGCCAUCUACCCGCAGUCAAAGCCGCUCAUCGACCAAUCGACACUGGUCAAGCUUGAGGGCCUUGUGACUCUUCAUUCGGGACAGGAAGCCACGACAGAAGGAUUCGUCUUUGUGAUGCCAGAAGUGCAUGCGGCGGUCAGCGGGUUCGAGAUGAUGCUCCGAUGGUUGUUUCCUGUGUAUGACACAUUCGGCCUCUACGGUAGACCGACUCGCCUGAUUGCAGACACUUUGGAUCAGCGAGGCCUCAUGUUCGCAAUGCCGUCGGAUCGGCGCUAUGGAUAUCUCGAUACCCUGGACGUUGCUAGCUUGAUCCACACCAAAGGCAGUGGAGGGUGGAGCGAGCGGCAGUGGCGCAAGGAAAUGAAGAAGCUCACUUCUACCAAGAUGGCCGGCCACCUUGACGGCUCGUCGAUUAGAAGUCGGAGCACUCGAAGGUACAGCCAGCGCUUGGGCAAUUCCAGCCGCAUGUCCCUACCUCCCACGCGCAGUGGGGUCUCGUUUCAAUCCAAAGAGCCUUACGUCCACUCAACACCGGGUUCGAGGACCGCAUCACCCGUGCGAGCUCCAGGAGGGAUGGUACUUCCACGACGUACGGAUUCUGCGCCUCCUGGGGCGACCCACAUGUCACCUCACAAACGCUCUGCAUCAGACGUGUACCGCAAGACCCCAAGCCGCAUGUCCGAAGAGCUUGUAAGAGACGAGGACGUGCCUCCGCGACCUCCCAUGCAUAGUGCUGCGCUCAAUCGGUCCCAUGGUCCUGACUCGAUGGAACGCAUCCUUGGUGACAACGAGUCCGGAGUCAUGUCUCAGUAUGAGCAGGUCGCAGCCGAGGGAGCCUCCGAGCCUUUACCAGCACCAGUCAUCUCGCCUCCUGAGUUCACCCAUGACCCGCGUAGUCGCCCUCCCACCCUGCCACAUCAACCUCCUGAGCUUCGCCGUGCGCACUCAAAUGUAGACGAAGCUACGUUGAAAGAGAUGCACGACGCCGCGCGCGCUACCGACGACCAGAAUAUCUCGUACGGGGAAGAAGAGUUGGGACUUCGGCCGCGGGAGAAUCCUCCUCAAUAUUAUCCUCAGCAUGGCGCUACCAAUGCACCCAACGGACUUGCCAACCUCACCGUCGGAGACCGCAGCGGCCGCCCGCGAGACGACAAGCAGCGGUUGAGCACCAUUCCAGCGUCUCCAUUCGUUCCUGAGACCAAGGAAUAUUUCCACACAUCCCCGACAAUGGCUGCACCAACUUUGAACGGUGUCGCGGAAGGUCGGGAGAGGCAUUCGCCAGAACGAUCCGAGCUUCAACAGCUGCACUCGAGCUCGAGCGUUAUGAGGAAGCCAUUACCAGGUCAACAGCCAGUAGCUCAAGCCGCAGGUCUCGAUUCUCGGCCUGGACAGCCAUCUCAGGUGCGUGAAACGGAGCCCGCCGCUCAGUCAUCGACUCCAUCAGAUGAUGAUUCUUACAUUAAUGAUGGCCUAAUUGACACCGAAGCUCUAGAACGGAUAUUAGAAACUGACAGUCGCGCGAGCACCUUUGCAUCUUCAGCAACGCCAGACUACGCUAGUACCGCGAGUGUGUCCGACCGUGAAGAGAAGAACAAACUUCCCGUCGAGAGGCCGCGAGCAGGGAAAUUGAAGACCGUGGGAAAUCCUGACACGCAGCCUAACGGGCGUCAUGAUACCUACGAGCAAGAUCUCAUUGACAAGUCUGCGGAAAUACCCAUCGUGGACUUUGGCAAAACCUUGCUGUAUAAGCCCAACAGUCGCCCGGGCACAAGCGGCACGAUCACUCCGGGAGACAUGGAUAAGCGUCGAUCGAGAUCUGGAGAUAGGCUUCGACAGAGUUCUGGCGAUCGCUUGAGGCACAGUUCUGGCGACCGCCUGAGGGCCUCUUCAAGAGAUCGUUUGAGUGGAUACUUUGGAGGCGGUAACAGUCCGGUGGAAACCAGCCGUCAGUCAUACUUUGGGGGCAGAACUACACCUGGCAUUGAGAUUGAAGCGCCGGCAGAUUCGCCGGGCAAUCGGCAGAGCAUGGUGUGGGCUCCAGGGGCCACAUCACCUGCGGGAGCUCAAACAAUCCGACAGGCCCUCUCACCCGAAGAGUGGGUUGCGUGGCGCGCAUCUACUGCAUCCCAAGUACAGCAACCACCUCCUCGAAAGUCCGCAGCGCCUCGACAGAGGCAGAGCUCCUCACACAGCAUCAAUCGUCUUUCUAUGACCAAAACACCACCACCAUUUGCCCGCAGUCCUUCCGGCGACUGGACUCCAUCUGGAGCUCAGCAGCGAACCCCGCCAAGCCGACCAAACUCAAGAGGUGCAGGAAUGUAUCUCAAUGCGAACAGCAGUGGUGGUCUUCUCGGCCACAACCGUCAGACAUCCAUGACCGCCAAGGAACAAAUGCAAGUUGCGCGAUCUACAGGCACCCCUCUCAUCGACAUGGCACCCACCAAGAAGCCCAUAGACGCACCAGAAGCGGGCCUUGUCGGUGCCCUCGCCCAGCGCGAACGCGAAAAGGCCGCUUCAGCGCACGGUCUCCGCAGUAACGCAGUCCAGCAAGCAAUCGCACAACGUCAACAACAGUUAUUCGAACAGGAAGCUCAUGCUCAAGCCCAAGCGCAGUGGGAAAUGCAGCAGCGCUAUCAACAACAGGUCCAAACAGACCAAUACCAGCAGAUGGCGUACCAGAACGCCAUGCUCUUGCAGCAGCAACAACAGCAUGCUCAGAUGUAUCAGGCGGCUCAGAGCCGUGCGUCGUCGAUGUAUGGGCAAUUACAACAGCAAGGUGCGCCGAGCACGGCUCCGAGAACUUCGAUGUACGCCCCGUCCGUGGCUGGAUUUGGUGGGCAAUUUGUACAGCAGCAGAUGCAGCCACCGAGUCCGAGCUCGCCGUACGGGCCUCCGCAGCAGGGAGGGCCGAGAAGAUGA